AUGGCUCAGUUCCCACUGAGUACCGUAGCGAUACUCAGGCAGGCCCUUGCCUGUGUUGCAGGAGAGCAGUGGAAGCGGGCCCGCAGCUGCCUGACACCGUCGUUUACGCCGUCGGCCCUGCGCUCCGCCGAGCCGCAGCUGCGCGCGCACGCCCGCCGCCUGGCCGCGCUGGCUGGCGGGUCUGCAGCCGCUGUGUCGCCGCGGCAGCUGCUGGCCUACUGCACCGACUGCGUCGCCUCGGCGCUGCUCGGUCUGCAGACGCGGACCCUCGAGGACGCGGACGGCUCCUCGCCGUUCCUGGAGGCCGUCCAGCGUGCGCACGACGCCAAGACCGAACCUGGCCGCCGCUUCGUGUUCGAAUACCUGGGUCGAGCCGCAUUCGACGCUCUGGGGCUGGGACAACUACCCGACAAGAUUGCCAACUUCUUCAGAUCGGUGGCUGCUGUCAGUAUCGACCACCGUAACAGCAACCCUGUGUCUUCUCACGACUUUGUACACCUGCUUACGAAGAGGAUGAAGCUGGAAGGCGCAGAUGAUAAGGCUGUCCUACACGAAGUGGCAUUUGUCAACAGUCAAUCAUUUUCAUCGUUGCAGUUUCGAGUCAGACCGCCGCCAUCCUGUCAGCUGGCGCUGGAGAGACCAGCCACGUCCUGCAGCACUGCCUCCUGGAGCUGGCCGCGCAGCCACAGCUGCAGCAGCGACUGCGCUCUGACAUUGCUUCUGCUCAAGAUCCAACUGCGCUGCCUCUGCUGGAAGCCGUUGUUAAUGACGCUGCGGCUGCACCCCUCGGAGCCAGUGCUGAGCCGCGAGUGCCGGCAGGCGUGUUCGCUGGGAGGCGAGCGGCUGCAGCCGGGGGACCGCGUCCUGGUGCCCGUCUGGUCGCUCAGCAGGGACUGCGGGCCACACGGCUUCCAGCCAGACACAGGCGUGGAGGCGCCGCAGCUCGUCUUCGGCGGGGGACCGCGAAAGUGCGUCGGUUACAGGCUGGGUCUGUUGGCUGUGAAGACCGCCGUUGUCGAACUCUUAUCACAUUACGAGCUGUCCACUAAGGACGGAAAGACGCUCCACACCAGGAGAGUCGACAAUCUCUAG